AGAGAGAGAGAGAGAGAAAUAAAUAGAGAAAGAAAGGAGGGAAGAAGGGAUAGAGUUGCUUGGCUUGUUUGGGUUUGGAGUAUGGGUUGCGUAGAGUUGUAGAGUGAGAGAGAGAACCACCAAAGUUUCCGAAAGCUGCUACUGCUGCUUUGCUGCUGCUGCUGCUGAGAGAUAGACAUUUCCGAGAGAGAGUUAUCGAAGGAGCAAGUGAAAAAGAACGAAUUCCUUCAAAUGGGGAGAGGAAAGAUUGAAAUCAAGAGGAUUGAGAACACCACAAACCGUCAGGUUACCUUCUGUAAGAGAAGGAAUGGACUUCUGAAGAAAGCUUACGAGUUAUCGGUCCUUUGUGAUGCCGAAGUAGCUCUUAUCGUCUUCUCAAGCCGCGGUCGCCUCUAUGAGUACUCUAAUAACAGCAUAAAAUCAACUAUAGAGAGGUACAAGAAGGUCUCUUCAGAUAGUUCAAACAUAACCUCUGUUGCAGAGGCAAAUGCUCAAUAUUAUCAACAAGAAGCUACAAAGUUGCGCCAGCAAAUACAAAUCCUGACGAAUGCGAACAGACACUUGAUGGGUGAUUCACUCAGUUCUCUAACUGUCAAGGAGCUGAAGCAGCUGGAGAACCGACUUGAACGAGGCAUGACACGCAUAAGAUCCAAGAAGCAUGAGCUAUUAUUUGCCGAAAUCGAAUACAUGCAGAAAAGGGAAAUGGAACUUCAGAAUGACAAUAUGUACCUGCGAGCUAAGAUAGCUGAAAACGAGCGUGCACAGCAAGCAAAUAUGGUAACAGGGCAAGAUUUCGAGCCAAUUCAGUCAUACGAUUCGCGGAACUACUAUCAAGUGAAUAUGUUAGAGGGAGGACCUGCCUACUCUCAUCCUGAUCAGAGUCAGACAGCUCUUCAUCUUGGGUAGUUGGGUGAAGAAGUAACAUGUCUUGGAAUGGAUCUAUGUUGCGACUGAACGUGAAGCUAUCUCCUUCUACUUAAUUCAAUUAUUCACUCUUAGCACGCACUGUCUCAGGAACAUAUUAAGUGAGAAAAAACUAUGAGCAUUCACAGAAAGAAGUAUUUAUCUUAGAACUUCUAAAAUGGAUAAUUAUCCCUUUCUAUUUAACGUUAAGUUAUAAAU